AUCGGGGCGCUGCUUCUUGAAUGGUGGGUGGCGGCGCCCGGAAGCGGCUGCUGGGUGGAAGUUGAAGGUGCCGCACGAGCCGCUGAGGCAGGCACCUGGAAGGAUGACCUUUUGCUGACCAUCUCUGCAAAGCCACUCACCUUUCCCCACCUGUAACCCAUGUGCAUUCUUUUCUUUAAGUUUGACCCGCGACCUGUGUCCAAAAAUGCCUACAGGCUUAUCCUAGCAGCUAACAGAGAUGAAUAUUACCACAGGCCCUCGAAAUGCGCCGAUUUUUGGGACAGUAGCAGUGAGAUUCUCAGUGGCUUGGAUAUGGAAGAAGGGAAAGAAGGUGGGUCCUGGCUUGGCAUCAGCAGGAAAGGCAAGAUGGCCGCCUUGACCAAUUACAUGCAGCCUCAGAUAAACAAGCAGGCGAAAGGAAGAGGUGCCCUGGUGACCAAUUUCUUGACAUCAGAAAUGGACAGCUACUCUUAUUUGAAGAAAGUGGCCUCGGAAGGACACCUUUACAACGGCUUUAAUUUGAUCGCAGCAGACUUAAGCACCACUAACGGAGAUGUAAUUUACUAUUACGGAAACAAAGGAGACCUGGAACCUCUCUUCCUAAAUCCCGGGGUAUACGGCUUGAGCAAUUCUUUGCUGGAUACGCCCUGGAAGAAACUUCAAUAUGGAAAACAGCUUUUUACAGAUGUCAUCAAACACAGCCAGAACCUCAAGAAAGAGGAGCUGAUCCAGGAGCUGAUUAAACUGAUGAAUAACCAGGACCCUCAGCUUCCGGACCCUGCCAUGGAGGAUCAGGGAAAGGAUUACGUCCUUCCGUUCCUAAACAAGUACGCAGCUCUGUGUGUCCGAUGCCCAAAUUAUGGAACCAGAGCGAACACUGUCAUUCUCGUGGACGGGGAAGGCCACGUCACCUUCACCGAACGCACCAUGUUGAACGCAGAUAUCGAUCAAUGGAAAACCAGCACUUACCAGUUUCAGCUGCAAAUCUAAUGGCUUUCCUGCGGAUCAAUUGGAAAGAUCAAGUGAAAAGAAGAAAAUGAGUGGCUGGUCUUAAUCAGGCAAGAACCCAGUCAGCAUUUAAAGGGAGCAGAUUCUCUUUAACGUUGCCUAGAUCACUGUAGCAUUUGUGGAAGAAACAGAAAAACCAAACAAAACUUAUUUUAUUUUUUUGCACAAAAUCCAAAAACAGAACCAUUUGAAUAGAAAAAGCAGACUCGUAUCUAAAAACAAUCUCUCUUUUUUUUUGCGCAAAGGGAUCUGUGCUGGCCUCGGGGGAAAAAAAGAACAACGUAUCACCUGGAGCAUAAAAACCCAGAAUUAAUUAACUUGCUAAUGAAAAUCACGGAGAACUUUGGAGAAUCAUAUAUGGCACACUUCUAUUUUCCCGCCUGUCCUUCGACCACGGAGAGCUGGAAGGCAAAGUGAUGAAAUUACAGAGUGGAAAAAAAAAUCAUAAUUCAAUUUUAAUAGGGCGGCUUCAGCGAUUUGUAAGCAUUUAUGAUUGUAUAGAAUUGGGGUUGGGGUUGUUGUUUUCUACAGAGUUGCCUGUAAGAAUAGGAAGCAUUCUGUGUGCUCACAGUUGUUGGAGCUAAGAAAAAAAUCCUUAAAAUCAGGUAAUUCUUCCUUCUUUUCCUGGCCUUAUAACAAAACUGGGUGUGAAGCCAGGUUUUGUUGUAUACCCUCAACUUGUUGAUCAAGAAUCUCGUUUAUUC